GCUUUUCAGAGCCCAAUGGCACGUGAUAAUUCAUACAGUUCACCAGGACGUGAGCAUCGCUGGUUCGAAGAUAACAUCAGAAAGAAGGCUAAAAACGUCAUUUUACAAAAAAAAAACAGCAUAGUAUACCCGACAAAAGCGGCGACUUUCGACAAACAGAGUCAGAAUCGAAAGUCUCGCUUUCUCGGUUUCGUUAAGUCCGUCGAUCAAACAAAAACAAUCAUAGUUACGGUGAUCAAUCUUUGUGAGGAGAGCAGCAUAGAUUCGAAUUUAAGAGACAGAAUGGAUCAGCAGGGGCAUGGACAUCAGCAGGUCACUGGUGUUGUCAGUACUGCAGCUCUGCCUUAUAGUGCAAACUCGUAUGAACAAAACCAAAUGACUGGGACACCCGGCCGAGGAUCAGUUCUUGCAUCUGUUGGGAACAUGCAGUCUGCUGGUCAGCCAGCUGGAGCUCAACUUGCACAGCACCAUCUUGCCUAUCAGCAUAUCCACCAGCAGCAACAACAGCAGUUGCAACAACAACUCCAGUCUUUUUGGGCCGGCCAAUACCAAGAAAUUGAGAAAGUUACUGACUUCAAGAACCAUAGCCUUCCCUUGGCAAGAAUCAAGAAGAUCAUGAAGGCUGAUGAGGAUGUUAGAAUGAUUUCAGCCGAGGCACCAAUUGUAUUUGCCAGAGCAUGUGAGAUGUUCAUUUUAGAAUUGACUUUGCGCUCUUGGAAUCACACCGAGGAAAAUAAGAGGAGGACACUCCAAAAGAAUGACAUCGCAGCAGCAAUAACAAGAACUGAUAUCUUUGACUUUUUGGUCGACAUUGUGCCAAGGGAGGAUCCGAGAGAUGAAGCACUUGCUUCAAUGCCAAGAGGAGCAAUGCCCGUUGGAGGGCCUGCUGAUUCACUUCCCUGCUAUUAUAUGCCAGCCCAGCAUUCACCUCAGGCUGGAACUCCCGGGAUGAUGAUGGGCAAGCCUGUGAUGGAUCCUGCUUUGUACGCUCAGCAGCCUUAUCCCUACAUGGCUCAACAAAUGUGGCCACAGGCACCACAGCAACCACAGUCGCCAUCAGAUUCUUAGGAAUUGAAGCGCACAAAUUUCAAAAGAGCGGAAGGAGAGAGCUUCAGUACGGAAUGAUACACCCAAGAUGCCAGCUGAAAGAAAGGAGCCUUUGGUAAAGAAUACGCUCACGUAGCAUAGUUAUCAUUAAUAUGUCUUUCAUUGGUUGUUUGCUCUUCAUAUCCUGUCAGUAAGGGAAAAUGUUGUCUGAAAUAGCUAUAUAGAAAUGCUACCUCAUGGUAAUGAUUUUUCUUAUAUAAAAUGCCAAAAACUGAUUGCAA